UGUGAUGGAUACGCAUCAUACACUAUAAAAUGAGGGACAGUGAAAUCAAACUCGAGGCCGCACUCGCACUGGAGUCCGAUUUGAUUCAACUCAUUUUCAAAUUUCUAAACCCUAACCCCUCUCUGACUCUACAAUACUCAUUCUCCGAGAUUGAAUAGAUUUCGGAUUAUACACACACAAACGCUCGAAUUUCUGAAUUUCACAAUGUCUGGAGGUUUGUGUGGCAAGAGAUCUUUCUUCUCCGACGAUAACUCCAAUUUUCUUGCUUCGCCGUCGUCUUCUCCUUUCUCCAAGAAGCUCCGGUUGUUUUCUUCGCCUUCUAGCUUGUCUCCGCCGUCGUCUGCUGUUGAUCAGCUUCGUGCUGUGUUCCCUGACAUGGACAAACAGUACCUUGAGAGAGCACUUGAGGAAAGUGGAUAUGAUAUAUGUUCUGCCAUCAAGAACUUGCAUAAUCUUCAUCUCGGAUAUGCACACGGAAACCCGGGCUCUGCAGUGAAAUCACCUCCAGAUUCGGUGACAGGUGUUACAACUGUUGAUGGAAUCUCGACAAAGGAUAAUUUGACAAGGGAUACCGUUCAAUUGGAGGGUGCGGAAUGGGUGGAACUGCUUCUACGAGAAAUGCAGAGUGCUACUAGCACGGAUGAUGCUAGGUGUCGAGCAACACGAGUUUUGGAGAGUUUAGAGAAAUCUAUCUCUGUUCGUGCUAGUGCUGAGGCAGCACAAAGUGUUCACAAGGAAAACAUAAUGCUAAAGGAGCAAACUGAAGUCAUAGUACGGGAGAAUACUAUCCUCAAGCGUGCUGUAACUAUCCAGCAUGAACGCCAGAAGGAAUAUGAUGAGAGGAACCAGGAGGUGCAGCACAUGAAGCAGAUGAUAGCUCAAUACCAGGAGCAUGUGAGGAGCCUAGAGAUCAACAAUUAUGCUUUGUCAAUGCAUUUGAAGCAAUCUUUAGAAAGCAAUGUCAUGAUGGGGAGCUCAAAUAGAGAUGUGUUCUGAAACCUAACAAGGGAUUAGAGUUAAUUUCGUGGUCAGAUUUCUGCUGACCAUGCGUAAUUAUUAGCUUACAUAUAUGCUGCAGGAUCAAUGUACAAUCAGAGGAAAUGUAUGUGUUUUACUUUUACAGCAGCAACAACUAAACUUCCAGGUAGAGUUUAUGCGGUUUUUGGUUAUUCUUUGAAGUCCACCACAGUCACAGAUGUGUGGUUGUAUAACACAAAGCAGGCAAUUCAUUUUCAGAUAGGAUGUUGUAAACCUUCAAACUUCAAAGCUGGGUGAAACCUUGUGAGUUGUGAUAGAGCUCUUAAAUGAAAUAUAGAUUCUCUCAAUC